AUGUUUAGGUUUCGCGGAUACGUCACUAGUCAUCCGCCAAUACUUCCCUAUCCCAUCUGCCCAGCUAUCUUUCCUCCACUCAUCCCCUACUUCCCUUCCACUCGCCCCUCCCAUCCCGCCGACCCCUUUCUCCUCCAUCUCCCCCGUCGCUCCCCGCCUCUCCCGUCACAUCAGCUGGGGGCCUCCUCGCGCCCAUCAGCCCUAGCGGGGCUACUCUGGUCUGUGUCGCCACUAGCAGCGGCAGCAGAGGCGGAAGCAGCUCUUGCGUCUGUUGCUGCCGCUGCUGCUGCCACUGCUGCUGUGCUCGGUGGUGGUUGGGAGAGGGGAGCAGCAGGGGAGGCGCGUCAUUGGGGGUUUGGGUGCACGGUGGUGCGAGGGGGGAAGGUGGUGGAUGAACCUAGCCGACACAAGGGGCUGCUGCUGGGGCAGGCAACACCCAAGGUGAAGCAUAGAGCACGCAGAUUCAGCAGCUCCUGUGUGCUUUUCAUCCUGUCAUGCCUUCCUCUCCCUCCCCCACCCAUCAAGACAAGACGACCGACACUGUGA